GACUGCAAACACAGUACAGGAGAUGACCAGAGACUGUGGACACAGUGCAGGAGAUGACCGGAGACUGCGGACACAGUGCAGGAGAUGACCAGAGACUGCGGACACAGUGCAGGAGAUGACCAGAGACUGCGGACACAGUACAGGGGAUGACCAGAGACUGCGGACACAGUACAGGAGAUGACCAGAGACUGCGGACAGUACAGGGGAUGACCAGAGACUGCGGACACAGUACAGGGGAUGACCAGAGACUGCGGACAAAGUGCAGGGGAUGACCAGAGACUGCGGACACAGUACAGG